AAAAGUGAGAGAGAGAAACGUCUACAACUAUAUAAAGACGGUUACUUUCCAUCUACUCUUGACAGUCCAGCCAGAUCUGACACACGCGUGGCUCUCGUAGAUUGACUUACUGGAAAAAACAUUUUGCUUUGAAUAUUAUAACCAUGCGUUUUUCGGUUUUGAUUGUUGUUUUCCUCAUCGGCGUGACGAUGAUGGAGGCCGCACCAACCCCGCAAAACAAGCGCGCUAAGUGGAAGCCCAAGGCGAUUCGUGAUAAAGAAGCAGCCGAAGCUAAAGCAGCCGAAGAGGCAGCUAAAGCAACACCGACAACACCGAAGGCAGUAGCAGCAGCAGCAGCAGAAGAAGAAGUUAAAACGGUGGAAACCAAAGUUCAAGUCGAUCAAGUGAUAGCAAAGGUCGAAGAGGACAAGGCACCGGCAUCUGUUGCUGAUGCUGAGGCAACAACCAAAGUGUGUCACGCUCCCGAAAAGGAAUCGACAAAAAUCGCCGAUGUCGCCGAUGAAGAAGUUAAGGACGAAAAGGUUGCCGCUGUUGUCCAGGUAGCAGCAGAAGCUGUGAUCGUUGCCAAAGAGCCAGCAGCCGCUGUUGUUGCGGAUGUACCAGCCGUAAUAGUUGUCGCGGAUGAACCUGCUGCAGUUGUUGCCAAAGAGCCCGUCGCUGUGGUUGCGGAUGAACCUGCCGCUGCUGUGGUUGCGGAUGAACCUACUAAAGUUGUUGCGGAUGAACCUGCAAUUGUCAUUGCAGAAAAGCCUGCAGUUAUAGCUGUCGUUGCAGAAGAACCUGCUGCGGUUGUUGUCGUCAAGGAUGAACCGGCCGUUGUUGUUGCGGAAGAACCUGUUGUUGUCAAGGCAGAAGAACCCGCUGCCGUCCUAUAAAAUUCACCCUCCGAAAUGGCUGCGAAUAAUUAGCCAACAGUUUAUAUUUUUUGAAAUCGUCUUUUAGUUCAAUCUCCUAUAAGAUAAACAAGUACGUACGUAAUAAUCUGAUACAUUUUUUAAGACGUACCAACUAUAUAAAAAUCCAACACAAAUAUUUUCCAUUUGUCAUUUCUUUUUUGCUGUGUAUCGCUCUAUACUAUUGUUUCUUAUUUUUAUACACACCAUCAAUUGUU